UCAUAUCUUUUAAUAUUAUAUUACAAAUAUCAAUCACAACUAUUCAAUUAUAUUAAGACUUAAUUUUGUCAUACAAAUUUUCACCAGUUCCUAUUUUACUCCUAAAAGGGGUCGCAUAUGCGCAGUAAUGCUGGGUAAUUUAGUUGUGGGAAUUUUCACCCUCAUGCCAUCUCAGAUGUGUAUGACUUUUCUUUCUUCUACAUUCUUUUACAAGAAUAUUUCAGCUCUGUUGGUUCAUUAAAUGCAAGUGAAUGGUGACCAGAACUUUGAAGCUCCAAAAAGGACAUAAAGGCAGCAUAAAAGCAAUCCAUACGACUCCAGUGGUAAAAUCCAUGUCUUCAGGAGUGAUAUGAUCGGUGUGGUCCCAAUUUCUGCCCAGUUUUGGAUCGUUGGUGUAUUGGGCGGACCGCGCAUGCGCAGAUCGGUCGGUUGUACUCACUGCUGCAGGAGACCGCAGAGCUCUGGAUCAAUAGAGGACGGAGAAUAACCGUACACAUCCCGAUGGGAAUAUGUGGGCAGAGCAUGGCGAGAUCCUAAAGAAGACAAAGACUUUUUAAUGAGAAACACCUCGUCUGUCUCUUCUGAAUCAGGACGUGUGGGGUUAUUACGGAGAAAAUCAAAUGGGGUACCAGAAUGGAUGAAUGUCUGUGGGCAGACCCCCAAUUUUAUUAUCGGAUCGGCUCGAAAUUGAUUUGCAAAUAAGCCCAUGUUUAACGCAACCGAGCCUUUUAGCAGUUUUCUGGCAUAUGCAUGUUACAGAAGCUGGUAGAUGUGAACAAAGGGAGGCAAAAAGUCAGAUUUGAUGCAUUGAAUUCCUUCGGAGAGAUGUCAUCGUUGAGCCCGUGAGCAGUGGAUGUGACACAUCAGCCGUGAAUAUGGGCGAUCUGACUGACUCCAGGGACCCGAAAAAGACUUUCAUUGUUCCUGCCAUCAAGUCCUUCGAUCAUUAUGAUGUAAACAGAGCUAAAAUCAGAGCUAGUCUCACAUGGCUGGUGGCCAAAGCCUUUGGUGCAGACAAUGUUCCAGAAGAGCUGAAUGAGCCCUUCUACAAGGACCAGUAUGACCAGGAGCACCUGAAGCCUCCGGUGGCCAGUCUGCUGCUGUCAGCUGAGCUUUAUUGCCGAGCAGGAAGUCUGAUCCUGAAGAGUGACUCUGCCAAACCUCUGCUAGGUCAUGACGCUGUCAUCCAGGCUCUGGCACAGAAGGGCCUGUAUGUCACUGACCAGGAUAGACUGGUCACAGAGAGAGACCUGCAAAAGAAACCCAUUCAGAUGAGCGCCCACCUGGCCAUGAUUGACACGCUGAUGAUGGCGUACACGGUGGAGACUGUGAGCGUGGAGAAGGUGAUGGCGUGCAUGCAACAAUACUCCACCGACUAUCCAGAUGGAGAUGUGCCCUACGACAUGGAGGAUGCUGUCACCAGCUGGAUGAACAAGGUGAACGCAUACUUGAAGGAAAUCAUAAUGCAGGAGCAAAGGAGGAGUGAAGCCCAGAGCGCAGAGCCUGUUGAGAAUCCAAAGUCUCCAACCAAGUGGUAUAUGAAGCUGGUUCCUGCACGUUACAGAAAGGAGCAGGUUCUGCCCAAGAUGGUACCCUGGAUCCCUCCACUAGACAGCCUGCUGAAGGACAGCACAGAUGGCUGUGCCCUCGCCGCCCUGUUUCACUUCUACUGCCCCUCCAUCGUCAGCCUGGGGGACAUUUGCCUGAAGGAGACCAUGUCACUGGCAGACAGUUUGUACAACCUGGAGCUCAUCCAGGACUUCUGCAAGGAGCACUUGAACCGCUGCUGCCACUUCAGUCUGGAGGACAUGCUCUACGCUCAUUCUUCCAUCAAAAAUAACUACCUUGUUUUUAUGGCUGAGCUCUUCUGGUGGUUUGAGGUUGUAAAGCCACCUUUUGUUCAACCUCAAGUGUUGGACUCUGAAGCACCAGCCCCCUCACUGAAAAAUCUGCCAUCUGUGCCCAUCUCAAAAGUCACAAAGAGGAGUUUCAUUGAAAGACCCCUAAGUCCAGACAGGCCAAGUCUCCCUCUCCGACCUCAACCACAGACUUCAGGCUCAGGUGAGAUCAAGCGAUCAACCUCAAUGUCAUUUGUGGACAGCUUCUUGGGUACUUGGCCCAAAGAGAACAGGUCUGCUGCUCAGGGAGUGUCCUUUGAAAUCCCAUUUGACAAAGAGAGCACUAGCCAAGCACCUCAAUCAACAGGCCGAGGGAUGACCCGGUCUGUUAGUACUGAAGGCUUUGGUUUCAAGGUGGCCCAUGGUACCAGAGGCAUCAAGAGAAAUCUGUCCUUUCAAACUGUCAAUGGCAAGAACAUGGGCAUCAAGGAGGAGGGCUGUCCUGACAGUCUGAUUGGACAUCAAAAUGGCCGUCUCAAUGGCUCAGAGCCACCAAGCAUUGAAGAAGCCCUUGAGAUCAUCCACAACUCAGAGAAGCAGUCACAGAGCCCCAGGGCUAAUGCACCCAGUGAGGGCUUCUUCCUUCACCUCCAGAGCAAAGGACAGUUGAACCCCAAAUCCAAGGAUGGUGAUCUAGACUCAGUUUCAGAGUCUUCUAAAGGGGUUGCUAGCACAUCCACCACAGAAGUCGAUACUGGAAUCCAUGUGCGGACAGAGGACAUUCAGGAGACUCUGGACGAGGACUCGUCCCUUAGGGAUUGUACCAUAAGCAUGGAGCUUGACACGGAUCAAGACUAUGAGGCAAGAGCAUGCCAGAGUCAGGGUUCCACUAGCCCAUGUCCUAGCAGCAUCAGCGGCAAGUCCCCUGCUGGAAGCACCUCAGCCCCUGCUCUCACACCUGGAGUUAAGUUGACCAGCUUUGCGGAACAGAAGUUCCGUAAGCUGAAUCCAAACCUGGAGGCCAAAGGUGCCAGCUCCCAGGGCACAACCCCAGAUGGUUCGGAUCUCGGCAUUCCGCACUCAGUCUCCUGGGCCCCUUCACCUGAAGUUAGCCCUGCACACCAACCAUUCAAGGACCCUGACCAAGCAAUGGCUGUGGAAAUGGUUGAGUUGCGCAUGAGACUUGAGGAGAAACGUCGCGCCAUUGAGGCCCAGAAGAAGAAAGUGGAGGCGGCCUUUACCCGACACCGUCAGAAGAUGGGACGCAGUGCUUUCCUCUCAGUGGUCAAGAGGAAAGGAAAUGUCACCUCACCAUCUCAGGAGGACACUCCCAGCUCAGAAGAAAGCAAGAUGCCUGCAAAGACACCUCAGCCCGUGAAGUCACCGCUAAAGUCCUUGGGUGAGGAUGGCACCUCCGAGGCGGACCUGAUGGAGUACACUCAUUCCAUUGAGAAGCUCAAUGCUUCACUGAGCUUCUUGCAGGCUGAAAUGCAGCGGCUGGCCCAGCAACAGGAGCUAAUCAUCCAUAUGCGGGAGCAACAGGCUUGGAUAGUGUCACCACCUCAGCCUUCUCCACAAAAACAGGUGCGAGAGCUCAAAGGGAGUGGAGCACACUCAUCUGGGUCUCCGUCACCUGCAGAUUCUCCUCGAGCGACACACCGUUCCCCUACAAACCUUAAGAGGAAGUCUGCUUCUUUCCAUUCCAAGACCCCAAGGACACCCAGACCCAAUGAGCUAAAGAUCACUCCCUUCAACCGAGUCUUGACUGUUCCUCAGUCUGUGGACAGCAUACCACGCCUCCGAAGGUUCUCCCCAUCUCAGUCUGUAUCGUGCUCCUUUUCGUACUUGGGAAAUGAAAAGAAACCACAAUCAGGAGUGGAAACCACAGACAAGGACCUUGAACAAGGCCUUGAGGCAUUGUCUAUUGAAGGUUCUUCUGAACGAACCUCUCCAACCAAAGAAACCCAACAGGCAGUUACAGAGGAAGUUGAUUUAUGUGCCAGUGACCCUGAAGAUAUAGUAAAAGAAAGUAGGAAUGAGAAUAAACAAACAAAGAAAAGGGAAGAACAGAAGAAGCCAACAGAAGAGAUCAAACCUGCUGUGAAUUCUAGUGUGUCGGAAGUAUUAUCGCAGCCAAUAACAGAGACGGUCAUUGUCACUCCCACUGAGAAACCAGUUGACAUCACCAGUCAGGGCAACAGAAAUCUGAUUGAGGUUCCACUGUCUGUCCUCAAGCCCCUGGAUGGACAGGCAUUAGAUGAAGGAGAAGAGGAGACAUCAGGGGAAAAUCAGGAUGAUGAGCAGAAAAUGUGCUGUGGAUUCUUCUUUAAGGACGACAUGAAGGGAGAGGACAGUAUGGCCAUGAAGCGGGCGGCAAUUCUGGAGAAAAGACUGAGAAGAGAACGAGAGAGCCAGCAGAGGAAACAACAGUUAGAGGCGGAGCUUGAGCAAAAGAAAGAGGAAGCCAGGUUGAAAGCAGAGGAAGACCGUGUGAAGAAGGAAGAAGAUAAAGUGCGGCGGGAAUUCAUCAAGCAGGAGUACCUGAGGAGAAAGCAGCUGAAGCUCAUGGAGGACAUGGACACACUGGUCAAAGCGCGACCUGCUGGGGCCAAGCAGAGGAAACCACGGCCAAAAUCCAUCCACAGAGAUGUGAUGGAGUCACCCAAGACUCCUGUUAGGGCCAUGGCAGGUUCACGACCUCGUGUUUUUUCAGUGUCCAGCCUGUCUCUGGCCUCUCUCAACCUUGGAGAUAAUGACAGCGUCAACUCUGAGAAAAAAUCACCUAGUAGACCAGACUCAGCAGAUGGUUGCCUGUCCCCCACUCGCUCCAGUAGCCGUAACGGAGAGAAGGACUGGGAGAACGGUUCCACCACAUCCUCGCUGACAUCCAACACUGAAUACACAGGUCCUAAAUUAUACAAAGAGCCCAGUGCAAAGUCCAAUAAGCAUAUCAUUCAGAAUGCUCUGGCGCACUGCUGUUUAGCUGGCAAAGUCAACGAGGGACAGAAAAACAAGAUCUUAGAGGAAAUGGAGAAAUCAGGUGCCAACAACUUCCUGAUCCUGUUCCGGGACUCCGGCUGCCAGUUCCGCUCUCUCUACACGUACUGUCCAGACUCGGAGGAGAUCAACAAGUUGGCCGGCAUCGGCCCUAAAACCAUCUCACGCAAGAUGAUCGAUGGUCUCUACAAGUACAACUCAGACCGCAAGCAGUUCAGCCAAAUCCCAGCUAAAACCAUGUCGGCGAGCGUGGAUGCCAUCACGAUCCACAGCCACUUGUGGCAGACCAAAAAGCCAGGGACCCCCAAGAAAGUAGUGGCCAUAAAGUCCUAGUGUUCCCCAUCGGGCGUACUCAUUCUGAAUGCACUUCUUUGUACAUAUUAAAAAAUGUUCUGCACAUUCUUCCAUCAAAACUCGUUAACAGUUUGUCUGCGCUCAAUCAGGACACACAAGUUUGUAAAAAUUAUGCACAACUGGAAUGUAAAACUUUACAGGGUUAUGUGGCACCUGGAACUGCGUGAUUCGAGUUGUUUUAUUGAACAUUUUUGUUCGUAAUUUUUACGUGCCAAAAACAGAGAAUAAUGAAACUUUGUCAUGGAUGUCCUGUUAUUAUAAUUUGGUACACUGAAGCACUGAAUGUUAUUAGUUUGUACGGAAAUCUCGCACAUAUGUUGACGUGUGGCCUUAUGUUGCUUUUUUUGUAGCUGUUUUUAUUUGAUUUUUUUUUUUUUUUUUUACGACUGUCCUGAUGUGAUUGUACAGCUGCUUUUUGAAAGGUUCUCACAUGAAUAGCUUGUGAUUGUAAUGGUUUAAUAAUACUGUAACUUUAAGGGAAUUCACUUGGCAAACUAUGGCAGAUCAAAUAUUGGCCACAUUAACCAGCGUGGUAAUGUGCAGUGAGUAGUUGUUUGCAGAGUUAGCCCACUUUUGAUGGGUUUUAACAUUCUGUAACUCUUAACGGCAUUGAUUCACAGCAGGAUUGUGAAUUUUAUUUGAUUUCGUUCCAGUAGGUGUAUUUGCUUUUUUAUUAAAUGUUGGGUUUGUUUGAUCGACUGAAAAAAAUGUUCUAUAUUCAGUAUUAUUAUCUAUUUAAAACAUUAUAUUUAUCUUUAGUAACAGGUCUUGGACAAGACCAGGUACUAGAAAACCAAUCUGUUCAUUUAUUUUAGUUUUUGCUUAUUGGUGCGACAAAAAAUCAGGAUAAUAAGUAUUUGAUUAUGCUAGACUGAAUUGUUUCAAAUAUAUUUCCAUGACAGCUUCAAAGAUCAUGGAGAUAAAUAACAUCAUGUGCUGGUGGCCACUUUUAUUUUUUAGUGUUUACUUGAAUCAUAACCAUCAAAUCUUUUGUACUGUUAUGUAUGCUUGUGGUGACUGGUCGAAAGUAUUUUCCACUAUUGUCCUGGGUCACGUAAAAGUAUUAAAAAGCAGUUUGCCAAAUGAUAUAUUUUAGGUGAUUGUUGGACCCAAUUAGGAUUGUGUGCUUUGCGAAUGAGGGCUAAAUCCUUUGAUUGGUAAAUUAUUUUACAUAAAAAAAUGAUUCCUUCAGGAACGCCACAUUUUGUGGUGUUUUAAGAAUACUGACGUAAUGAAUCACAAUCUGUUUGCAUUCCCCACUAAUUGUCUUUAGGCAGAAUGUGGCUGUAUACGGGUAACGAAAAUGACUGCCUUCCUAUCCUGCUUAUUUAAAGCCAUUUGUUUCUUUAGAUUUCUGUUGUGAUUGUAAAAAUUCCCCUUUUCUGGUGCUUGCCACUCAAAACAUAAACUCACAAACCUGCUCUUCUAUGAAUAAUAUCUAUUGAACAGAUGUAUCUGUGGUUGGGAAUGGGAAAAUGCGCACAGCCCUGCAAUACACAGUAGCUUAUUAGGAAAAGAAGACAUCUUUCAGGUUACAUUCAUAAGAACAGUACUACUGUAAUCAGUGUGUCACAGUUGAGUUGUCUGGGCGUUUCAGGUCAACAAAGAGUUUUUAACUGUAAAUGAGCACGGUAGAUAUUUGUACAGUGUGAUCUCUCAGCAAGUCUCUCUCUGUCUCGCUUUUAUUUUAUUCUCAGGCGCUUUGCUGUCAUAUUGUCAAAGUUACAUGUUAGAUUACAACUGCAUUAAAUAAAGUUUCGCAUGGCCUCA